AUAAUAAUUUUCCUCUCUUCACCGUAUCCAACGCGUUGGGAAAGCUUUCGAUAGAUAUUGUUCGUGGCGCGUCUUGCUAUAUCGUAGAUACUGUGUGGUGUACCUGUGUUGACGGAUUCGUUCUCCGGGAGAUUCGCUGUCAUUCGAUGAAAUUCAGCAAGAUGAAUAUUACUUCAGCAGCUGGUAUAAUCUCCUUGUUGGAGGAGCCAAUGCCUGAAUUAAAGGUCUUUGCCUUGAAAAAGUUGGAUAUGAUAGUCGACGAAUUCUGGCCUGAGAUUUCUGAGGCUAUAGAAAAAAUUGAGAUUCUCCAUGAAGAUAAAUCGUUUCAACAACAUGAGCUGGCUGCUCUAGUUGCCAGCAAAGUGUACUACCAUUUGGGGAGCUUUGAAGAUUCACUAACUUACGCUCUUGGAGCGGGAGAACUGUUUGACGUCAAUGCUCGAAACGAGUAUGUCGACACUACUAUUGCCAAGUGUAUUGAUUAUUACACUCAACAACGUGUCUUGGAGGCGGAAGGAAAACUUCCACCAGGCAGCAAAGGCAUUGAUCCUAGACUGGAGGGAAUAGUGAAUCGAAUGUAUCAACGUUGCUUAGAUGAUAAUCAAUAUCGUCAGGCUUUAGGCCUUGCCCUAGAGACUCGCAGGAUGGAUAUAUUUGAAGCAGCCAUUAUGAAUUCUGAUGACGUGAGUGGAAUGUUAUCGUAUGCUUUCCAAGUAGCCAUGAGCUUGAUUCAGAAUCGUGGAUUUCGUAAUACUGUACUCCGCUGUUUAGUCAGUCUCUAUCGAAACCUCGAGACUCCCGAUUAUGUCAACAUGUGCCAGUGCUUGAUUUUCCUGGAUGAUCCGCUGGCCGUGGCCGAGCUUCUGGAUCGAUUAAGCAAGGGUUCGCAUGACUGCGUGCUGAUGGCUUAUCAGAUUGCUUUCGAUCUAUACGAGUCCGCAACCCAGCAGUUCCUUGGUCGUGUUCUGCAGGCUCUGCGAGCCACUGCGCCCAUUCCAAGCGCGUUGGUUGUUAAACCGGUGAUCAAACCAUCCACUACCACUGCUGCGAAGACUACAGAAGCUAGUACAGAGUCUGCGAAUAUGGAGAUUGAUGAGGAUUCUGCGAUUGUUCCUUCUGAAGGAGAAGAGAAAGGUCGCAGUAUCGAUAGUUUAAAUGAGGAGGAGAAAGAGCAACAAGAGCGCGUGGAUGCACUGUCCAGCAUUCUGGGUGGCGAAGUAUCUAUUGAUUUGCAUUUGCAGUUCCUAAUUCGUAGUAAUCAUACCGACAUGCUGAUCCUAAAAAACACCAAGGAUGCUAUACGAGUCUCAAUUUGCCACACUGCCACUGUUAUUGCGAAUGCUUUUAUGCAUUCCGGGACAACAAGCGAUCAGUUCUUGAGGGAUAAUUUAGAAUGGUUGGCUCGUGCCACUAACUGGGCAAAAUUGACGGCGACAGCUUCGUUGGGAGUUAUUCAUCGGGGUCAUGAGCAAGAAGCUUUAGCUUUGAUGCAGUCUUAUCUUCCGAGAGAUUCUGGUGCCGCCGGAGCCGGAUACUCUGAAGGCGGUGGUUUAUAUGCUCUGGGACUUAUUCAUGCUAAUCACGGGGCCGCUAUCACAGACUAUCUCCUAGGCCAAUUAAAAGAUGCUCAAAAUGAGAUGGUGCGCCAUGGUGGCUGUCUCGGCCUUGGAUUAGCCGCUAUGGGUUCGCAUAGACAGGACGUUUAUGAACAAUUAAAAUUCAAUUUGUACCAAGAUGACGCCGUGACCGGUGAAGCGGCUGGAAUCGCUAUGGGAAUGGUUAUGUUGGGAUCUAAAUCAACGCAAGCAAUUGAAGAUAUGGUUGCGUAUGCCCAAGAGACGCAGCACGAGAAGAUCUUGCGUGGCCUAGCGGUCGGGAUCGCCUUCACGAUGUACGGCCGCCUCGAGGAGGCCGAUCCUCUGGUGACGUCUUUGUGCGCCGACAAGGAUCCAAUCUUGCGUAGGAGCGGCAUGUAUACCCUGGCGAUGGCCUACUGCGGCACUGGAAAUAAUCAGGCCAUCCGCAAACUCUUGCACGUUGCCGUCUCUGAUGUUAACGAUGACGUUCGACGAGCCGCGGUUACGGGCCUGGGCUUCCUGCUGUUCCGGACUCCGGAGCAAUGUCCUAGCGUUGUGUCCCUCUUAGCGGAAAGCUAUAAUCCUCACGUGAGGUACGGCGCAGCGAUGGCCUUGGGCAUCGCCUGCGCGGGCACCGGCCUGAAGGAAGCUAUCGCUCUGUUGGACCCAAUGACUAAUGAUCCUGUCAAUUUCGUCAGGCAGGGCGCUCUGAUCGCAUCUGCCAUGAUUCUGAUCCAACAGACGGAAUCCACGUGUGCCCGUGUUAAAGAUUUCAGGGCGUUAUACGCCAAAGUCGUCGUGGACAAACACGAGGACGUGAUGGCUAAGUUCGGUGCCAUCUUGGCGCAAGGAAUCAUCGACGCCGGUGGUCGUAAUGUGACUGUAUCCCUACAAUCGCGUACGGGGCACACAAACAUGUUGGCGGUGGUUGGUGCUCUAGUAUUCACCCAAUACUGGUACUGGUUCCCGUUAGCACAUUGCCUGGCUUUGGCUUUCACACCUACGUGUUUGAUCGCCCUGAAUGCGCAGCUAAAAAUGCCCAAGUUAGAGAUGAAAUCAAACGCGAGGCCAAGCAUCUAUGCUUAUCCUGCGCCCCUCGAAGAAAAAAAGAGAGAGGAACGAGAGAAGGUCACCACCGCCGUUCUUAGUAUUGCGGCUCGCGCCAGGAGACGUGAGACUGAAAGGAAAGCCAGGGACUCCCACGAGAAGAUGGAAGUGGAUCCACCUUCGGAAACGAAGGAGCUUCACGAGGUAAAAGAAGCUGCGUCUUCGAAAGAGAAGGAUGACAAGAAGAAAGACGAGAAAGAGACUAAGGAAACCAAGGAGACCAAGGAGAAACCCGAGAAAAAGGUAGUAAAAGAUGAUGAAAAGGAAAAGAAGGAACCCGAGCCGAGCUUCGAGAUCCUCCAGAAUCCUGCGCGAGUUCUGCGUCAGCAAUUGAAGGUCAUUCAGCUGGCCGAGGGCAGCCAUUACACCUCCGUUAAAGAUAUUCAAAUUGGUGGCAUUGUCAUGGUUAAACAUAUGCAGACGGAUACUGAGGAGGAACUCGUCGAACCCGUCGCCGCCUUCGGACCGAAGCCAGAGGAGGAGAAGGAAGCCGAACCACCCGAGCCCUUCGAGUAUACCGAGGAUUAAAGGCCGGAAACACACGUCAGCCCGUUCCGUCAUCCUGUCGCUUGCCAUUCGUCAUCGCGAUGGCAUCGCAAUACUCUCGUCGUGUCGUGACUUUUUUUUUUAAUAUCCUCGCCUCUCUUUUUUUUACAUUCGGUUUUCUUCGUGUCUAUUUAAUCAACGUAAUACUCGGCCAGCUGCAAUAAAGCCGUUGCGUCAGAGCUACUCGUGUUAUUAGUCUCCUAUCUUACAAUCCUUUAAUUAGGUUUCUAAGGUUCUCUAAGAAUUCAGAAGAUUAAUGAACAGCACGUCAAAUUAUUACUUAUUUACAAAGCUAUAAAUAGAAAUAUUUAUGAAAUGCGUAUUUAAUUUUUUUAUUCUAUAGAAAUUAAUUUUUAUUAACAAUAAUACAAAAGAAAGAUCAGAUUAUGAAAAUUAUUCAUAUAUUUUUACGUAGUGAUUGUAAAUAAAUUGGUAAUUUACUUUCUCAUAAGUUUUGUUACUUUCCACGUAUACGUUUUGUAUGAAUAAAUUACAUUUUUUACGG